AUGUAUUCUUGUGGCACAGUUGAGGGAACAGCCAUGAAUUAUUACGGCAAUCUUCACGCCAGAACUGCAGUCGCUACUUACCAUCAGCAGUCUCCCAGCAUGAAUCUUCCUGGAGCCCGUGGCCAUGUUACCAGCGUUUCGCCGCCUAAUUUGUACAAAAGCGUUGGUGAGAUUCCCUACCUAUACCUGCAGCACCACUACGGCGCCCUUGCCAACGCUGUUACACCACCCACGCUCUCCCCUCCGCCCGAGAAACCCAUCACGCCCACGAGGGAAGCGCACACAACGCCCUGGUGGAGUUCAACUGCUUAUAACACGCCGACUUCUCACGCCACUUAUAAUUAUCCAUUCCAUCUUUAUCAGCAGCACGCUAGUCUCGCUGAACCUUCGGUGGGCCAAGGCAACACAACCCUGAAUCUGCAUCAAACGAACGCUUUCGCACAGGACAUCCUUCACCAACAAGGGCGCAUCGCUUCUACUCUCAACAGGUCUGUCGGUUCUCGGCGUUGUCGACGAUGCCGCUGUCCCAACUGCCACUACACCUCUCGAAAUACUACAGGCGCCAAGAAGAAGAAUCACAUCUGUCAUGUCCCGGGAUGUGGCAAGCUCUAUGCCAAAACGUCCCACCUGAAGGCACAUCUACUUUCACACACCGGAGAGCGGCCUUUCGCGUGUCACUGGAUGUACUGCGAUAAGGCGUUCACUCGCUCCGAUGAACUCCAGCGGCACCUCAGAACGCACACGGGUGAAAAACGUUUCCAGUGUGAACAGUGUGGAAAACGUUUCAUGCGAUCUGAUCACUACAACAAACACGUCAACACUCACAAGAAUCGACGCGCCCUUGUCGCUCCUGCUUCUCCAGCCGAAGGCGACGACGUCGAUGUUGAGUUCUGUGAUGAUAUUGCUAAUGAUUAUAGCGGGGACUUUCACUCAUUCGCAUUGCCAGAUUCACCCGUAUCUGAAGUAGAUUUGCAGGAGUCUGAUUUGGACGUCGGAAUGCACUUUGUGACCAAUAAUCGCUGCUAUAACAGACCUUCACUCGUGGAAUUAAGUUCAAUGCGGAUUGUGCGAAUGUCAAAGAUUUUAAAGUACCGGUUACAAUUAUUUGAAUAUUUCAGAAAGCUUGACAUUCUGUAUGAUUCUUUAUGA